AUGGACGAACUAGGCCUCCACUUCAUGGACAUUUUUCACAAAAGCUACUGUGGCAUCUCUCCGCCGCAUUGGGAAGAAUCUGAUAAAUAUGGGCCUCGCACGCCAUGUGCAGUUGAAUUGAGCGAGGCAGGGAUCCACUUCAAGAAGAGCCACAAUGACAGCAUCCAUGGCGUUGACUUUGACAACGCCAUCCUGAGUAUGCCCCUGUUCAAGCUACAAGGCAGCACUGAGACUAUUCUCCUCAACCUGAUGGUAUUUGAGUGGCUGCACCCUGAUGCCAAACGUGACGUGAGGUCCUACAUAUCCUUUCUGGACGAUAUCAUCGAGUCUGAAGAAGAUGUCGCACUUCUAAGAUCCAAAGGGAUCUUUGAGAAUCUAUCUGGCAGCGACAAGAAGGUGGUGGAGAUUUUCAGCACCCUCACCAAGUUAUCACGGGUGCCGAUCAGAGGCAGCAGUCUGGGCUACGUGCAAUGGAAGGUGAAUGCGCACUGCAAGAAGCGCUGGAACAAGUGGUGGGCCAGCUUUGUCAAGACCUACCUGAGCAACCCCUGGGUGUUCAUCUCCCUCGUGGCUGCCAUCAUCUUGCUCAUUGCCACCCUACUGCAAACCGUCUAUACCAUCAUGCCGAUAUACAACAAGGGUUAG